GCCGCGCCGCACCAUGCUCCGCGGCCGCCCGCGCCUGCCCUCGGUGUCCGUGGCGCCGGUCGCGGCCCUGGCGGUGGCGCUGCUGUCGUCGCUGUCGCGCUGCUCCCUCCUGGAGCCCGACGACCCCGCGGCCUCGGCGCUCAGCCCCUACUUCGGCACCAAGACGCGCUACGAGGAUGCCAACCCCGGGCUGCUGCGGGACCCCGAGGCGCCGCGGAGGGACCCCGAGCUGCUGCAGGACGCCUGCACCCCGGUGCAGCUGGUGGCGCUCAUCCGCCACGGCACCCGCUACCCGACGGCCAAGCAGAUCCGCAGGCUGCGGCAGCUGCACGGGCUGCUGCAGGCCCGGCGGGGCGCGGGCGGGGGCGCGGGCGGGGGCGCGGGCGGGGGCGCGGGCUCGGCGGGCGGCCGGGACCUGGGCGCCGCGCUGGCCGACUGGCCGCUGUGGUACGCGGACUGGAUGGACGGGCAGCUGGUGGACAAGGGCCGGCAGGACAUGCGGCGGCUGGCGCUGCGCCUGGCCGCCCUCUUCCCCGCUCUCUUCAGCCGCGAGAACUACGGCCGCCUGCAGCUGGUCACCAGCUCCAAGCACCGCUGCGUGGACAGCGGCGCCGCCUUCCUGCAGGGGCUGUGGCAGCACCUGCACCCCGGCCUGCCGCCGCCCGACGUCGCAGACAUGGAAUGUGGACCUCCAAGAAUUAAUGAUAAACUAAUGAGGUUCUUUGAUCAUUGUGAGAAGUUUUUAACUGAAGUGGAAAAGAAUGCUACGGCUCUUUAUCAUGUAGAAGCUUUCAAAACUGGACCAGAAAUGCAGAACAUUUUAAAAAAGGUUGCUGCUACUUUGCAAGUGCCAGUCCACAGUUUAAAUGCAGAUUUAAUUCAGGUAGCUUUUUUCACCUGUUCAUUUGACCUGGCAAUUAAAGGUGUUAAAUCUCCUUGGUGUGAUGUUUUUGACAUAGAUGACGCAAAGGUAUUAGAAUAUUUAAAUGACUUGAAGCAAUAUUGGAAAAGAGGCUAUGGGUAUACUAUUAAUAGUCGAUCCAGCUGCACCCUGUUUCAGGAUAUCUUCCAGCACUUGGACAAAGCAAUUGAACAGAAACAAAGGUCUCAGCCAGUUUCCUCUCCGGUCAUCCUUCAGUUUGGUCAUGCAGAGACCCUUCUUCCACUGCUCGCUCUCAUGGGCUACUUCAAAGACAAGGAGCCCCUCACGGCUUACAAUUACAAGGAACAACUGCAUCGCAAGUUCCGAAGCGGCCACAUCGUGCCCUACGCCUCCAACCUGAUAUUCGUGCUUUACCACUGUAAAAAUGCCAAGACUCCGAAGGAGGAAUUCCGAGUGCAGAUGCUGUUGAAUGAGAAGGUCUUGCCAUUGGCUCACUCACAAGAAACCGCCUCCUUAUACGAGGAUCUAAAGGCCCACUACAAGGACAUCCUUCAGAGCUGUCAUUCCAGCAAGGAGUGUGAGUUAGCAAAGGUGAACAACACGUCUGAUGAGCUAUGAGUAGCUGCAGAACACGUUUCAUUCAUCAGGGAGUGAUUCAUAGGGAGUGAUUACGCGCUUUGGAAUAGGUGGGCAAUCCGCGGUUACAGAAAGCUUUCACAGUACUUGAGUAUUUCUGUCUUUUCACAGAAAAAUGUUUAGUUUCUUUUUGAAUCUGGACAUGGACCUGUGAGCAACUAUUCUUCACUGGAGCAGCUCUCUUAAGGGGAAAAGAAAUCUAUUUAAAGAAAUAGCUGGGCCUGCAGACGUUUACAGAAAUUAGAUUCGUCCUAUUUGUAUGAGAAAUCUCACACUGAGAAUAUGAUUUCACAGUGAUACUUAAAAGUGCUGUACUCACAAAAUACGUCAUUUGGGUGAUCUGUAACUUGACGGGACCAAGUGUAGAACCUUGACAGUUGUGACACCCUCCCUUCUCCGUGUCUCCAUCACGUGGCACAGUUCUGAUGUCAUCCUUCUUCAGCAGAGUUAUCGGGUGCCCCGGGACUGUUGCUCUGGAGGAAAGCUAACAUCUCUCUAGCUAAGAAUCUGGAACAGUAUUAAGAAUCAGUGUGAUUUUCAAAGGACACCUUCACUGAAGGAAGACAAAAAGUCUAAUAAAGUAGAUAUUUUUGUUAAUACUAUUUAUAAAGUAUUUGAACACUUUUUCAGUAAUUCCUUUUAACCUCCUAGAAGUCUUGCAAGGCCUUUCUUUAAUUAUUUUCCCACCUGUUUUACAUUUACAACUAUGAGAGGACAAAGAGGACCAUUCUCAAUGGGGAAGAUGAAUCAGAGUUUCUUAAAUCCAUUGCUUUGCGGUGUUUUUCAUUCUGUCACUUUGCUUCUAUUUUUAUAUUUUGCUAUUAUGUGAAGUGUAUCUUUUGGUUGUUUAUUACUUUUCCAUUCUUUCUUUCUUUCUUUAUUUUCCCUAAGUAAAAACUUCAUCCUGGCUGGGUUAGUUUCAUAGCUCUGAAACCAUCUCACAGGGAUACUUCUGAGUUUUGUCAAAUGCCAUGAAAGUGUUUGCUAUCAUAAUAAACAGAAUUCUUGUGUGACCUCACUACCAGGUCUUUUCUGCUGUGUUGAUAUACAAUCAGUAAUUGAUGGUAAAAGGUUGGCACUUCAAGCAGCUUUGACUAAAUCAGGCAACAUAAGGCAAUUUUCUUCUAAUAGAAAUUUCCUCAAGUAAAUUUCCACUUCUUUAAGAAAAAUGGAAAUAUAUUUUAUUUAAAAAUCUAAAUAAGAAAUAUCACAACUACAUAUUGAAAUUAUAAAAGAAGAUGCAUAGGUCAUCUGUUGAUCAUUGAUCUUCAAAUGAAUUAUGUCCAUAAAACGGGAUUAGCUGGUGCACAUGGCUGGUACACUAUAUACUGCUGGUUGUUCUGCAAUGGGCUGCUGUUACCUUUUUCUUUUUAAUUUGUAAGUGGGCAGAGAAGAAGAGAAUAAUAUAAUAUACAUUUAUGGCCAUCAUCCUGUUUCACCAAAAUAACAUUGUAACUUGUAGCUUAGAUCCAAGUAAGAACAACUGAGAGCUUUUUUGUGUUCCCCGCCUAGAGAUAACCAACAACAGAAAACUCGGUAUUCACCGUUUGUUGCAUGCUCAACGCUGGAAACUUACAGUAUUGUUGUGGGGAUUUUAAAAUUUUCUAUAAAAUACCAUUCUUGAAUGUCAUAUUCUUGGAUGAGGGUUUUAUUUGUAAUUGCUGUGUUCUUUUUCAAGACUUUUCUUGAUCCAAAUUAUUUGUCGCAAAUUAAUAUUGUCAGUUCAUCAAUACUUGUUGAGUACUUUUUAUGUACAAACACUAGACUCAGACUAUAGGUGAACAAAAUUGAAUGGACCUAGUUCUUUCAAAGGGGUUAUCUCAAAAGACCUGAAAUUUACUCGGUGUCUGAACACUAACUAAAUAAUUUUUGAUUCACAAACUUCUAGACUAUGAGAGUUUUAUAGGAGUUAUUUAAUUUUAUUUUAAGAUAGGACCAUAUAAUCAUCUUGAUAGUAUUUCAAGAUGGAGGGUAAGUAUGGUCCAUCUUUUGCUGAUACUAGAGAUUGUGUUAUUAUUCUGGUGCUAUUAUUCUCAUUUAGGAUAUGCCUGAAAUAGAAGAAUUUCACGAGAAAAAUUGAAAGUCUUCUCUGGGAUAAAAAAAAAUUGAACAUCGAAAAACGAUCUCUGGCCGACAAGAGCUCAUUCGGAACAGAUGACCAGAUCCCUCGGUUAAGCCAAAUUUUAAUGGCUGCUGGUUCUGACACUUUCAUCAAUUCAUGAGCAGCCUGUGGACGUUUGCCAUUUUUCUGUCUAAUCUACAACUUGAUGUGUGCGGUGCAUUGAACCUACUGUUUUUUACAGUUGUCUCAUUUUGGAGGUUCUGUCCUCCAGCACAUAAUCAUUCACCUGAUACUAUUUUUUGUAUAUAGUCUUGACCAUAAUUUUAACGCUGAAAGCAGAGCUCCAUUUGUAAAGAAAAAAAGCUGUUUUGUUUUUUUCAGCCAUAAUCAACUUUUCUAUCUUUACUGGAUUGCUUUCCUUUUGUGAACCGCAGAACCGAUGCAUGCCCUUCAAUACUUGGGGGUCACGUACAAACAAACCAGAACAUGUUUCCCUAGGAUGGAUAUUUCAUACGGUGUUCGUUAAUGAUCCUUGGAAUUCGGACUGUCUACAGCCGGAUGGAAGCUGAAAAUAAACAUUUGCAUUACCCCACAA